UGGACAAAGAAAACAAUUACACUCAACAAGGUUUCCGAAAUUGAUAUUGAGCUAAAGAAGGAAAUUGAUCCGGACCCGACACUACGCUACAGCCUUGACCUUUGUGAAGAGGAGAAGGACUUUCUGGCUGCCCGAAAGUUGAAGAAUCUGGCUGCAAUGAGUCGCAUGCUGGGAGAGAACGGACCGAAAAGCACUGACGAGGUGCCGACUGUAGCCGUGCUGGGGUCAGGUGGGGGUUUCCGGGCUAUGGUGGCUUAUAGCGGUGUCUUCAAAGCUCUGAAAGAAACAGGUGUGCUGGACUGUACGUCAUAUACCGCUGGACUUUCUGGAUCAGCCUGGUUUCUCUCCAGUCUGUGCUCUCACCCGAAAUGGCCGCAAAUGACGAUGGAGGAAUUUCAAGAGGAGCUGAAGAACAACAUCGAUUCGAGUUUGCUGAAGCUGUUGGGAAUAUCCGAAGUUAGCCGAUACAUCAGCUGUGUGAUGGACAAGUGGAACAAUGGACAGCCAAUCAGCUUCACGGAUUUCUUUGGCCACCUAGUGGGAGAAACGCUGCUCAAAGAUAGACUUGGCAGUAAACUUACUGACCAGCAGGUCAAACUGGCCGACGGAAGUAUCCCGAUGCCGCUAUACACAUGCGUGCACGUGAAGAAUGCCGUAUCAGCGAAAAGCUUCCAAGAAUGGAUCGAAUUCAGCCCUUACGAGAUAGGAAUGGCAAAGUUCGGUUCGUACAUGAAAAGCCGAUAUUUCGGUAGUAAGUUCUUCAUGGGGAAGUUGGCGAAGAAGUAUGACGAACCCCCACUUCAUUAUCUACAAGGUAUUUGGGGCAGCGCUUUCUGCAUCAUGUUUAAUCGACUGUUUGAUGACAACCGUAAUAUGGACCCAGUGGAGAUGGUCAGAGAGGAAAUGGAAAAGGAGUUGGAGAAAGAAGCUGCACUUAGCGACGGGAGUGGAGAUGAGGCCGAUGAUGAUGAUGAUGACAUUGAUGAUGGUCCAAGCUCAGCGAAGACUGCGAAGCGUGGAAAGAAGAAGCAGAAGGAUCCCGAGGAAGAAAAUGGUGGAUACUGGUCGGACUGGUUCAAAGAUCUCGUCGAUAGCAAUAAGUACAAGCUCCUGAGCACGCGCACAGGUCGCGCAGGCGUGAUACACAACUUCCUGAGAGGGAUUGCCUUAAAAGAGGAAGACGAGGAAACAGAGAGUAAUGACGAUGAGGAGCCAGGUUCGUUGAAUCUAACUGUAAAGAAAACUAACGGUAACAAAAGGGUGUUUUCCACCCAUAUUAGGAAGCAGUUCGUAGUGGACGCAGGGCUGACGUUCAACUCCCCUUACCCUGUCGUGCUGAGGAAGGCCCGAGGGGUCGACCUCAUCCUGUCGUUUGACUUCAGCGGUAGACCCAGCGAUGAUGCCCAGCCUCUCAAGGAGCUCAAGUUGGCGGAAAAAUGGGCAAAACGCAACGGUAUUCCUUUUCCGCCAAUCAACAAAGGCGUCUAUGAAGAAGAAGGAAUGAAAGAGUUGUACAUCUUCAGCGAUCCUACCGACCCUAAAUGUCCCGUCGUCCUUCACUUCACCCUGGUCAACCUGGACUUCCGGAAGUAUAAGGCACCAGGUGUCCCAAGGGAGACUACUGAAGAGAAAGAAUUCGCGGAGUUCGCCGUCUUUGACGAUCCUGAAGCCCCGUAUUCCACGUUUAACUUCACCUACACCCACAAGGCGUUUGAUCGGUUAUCUCAGCUGAUGGAAUUCAAUACACUCAACCACCUGAAGGAGAUCAAAGAGGCCAUUACAGAGGCUGUCCAGAGGAAACGAAAAUAA